CCAACCAACAAACUCACACAGACCAAUAAAAGAAGCCCCUCCCUGUAAGAGAGAGAGAAAGAUCAAAAAUCAGAACACGCUUUGAAACUGAAAGACAGAGUGAGUGUGUGUUUGUGAAAGAGAGAGAGAGAGAGAAGAAAACAGAAACAAACGUUGUCUGUGCGAGUUAGAGAGAGAAACCCCAGAAAAUCAGAAAAUCCAACCCCAUUUUCUCUCUCUCUACUUUCCAUUUGAUCGGAGCCUCUCAUUGUGCUUUUCCGAUCACCGUCAAAUCAGCUCCGUUCUCCGGUUCGGGUCGGUGCAAUGGAGCAGUACGGCCGGUCCAGUGAAGGUUCGCGGUCUGAUCCGUCCCCGGAAUGGGCCGGGCCCGGAGCCCAAACCGGUCUUGAAGAGCCUAUGUGGCAAUUGGGGCUGGGUGCUGCGGAGGAAUCGUAUCCGCAACGCCCCGAUGAGGCUGAUUGCACUUACUACUUGAGGACCGGUUUCUGUGGCUUCGGUUCGCGGUGUCGGUACAAUCACCCUCGUGACCGUGGCACGUUUGUUGGAGCUGAGAGGACUGCGGGGGAGUAUCCGGAACGAGUUGGCCAACCUGUGUGCCAGUAUUACAUGAGGACUAGAACGUGCAAGUUUGGUUCGUCUUGCAAGUACCACCACCCGAGGCUAGCAGGAGGAUCUGCUACCCCUGUGUCACUAAACUAUUAUGGAUAUCCAUUGCGUCCGGGUGAAAAGGAGUGCUCAUAUUAUGUGAAAACGGGACAAUGCAAGUUUGGUGCGACUUGUAAAUUCCAUCAUCCGGUUCCUGCUGGCGUCCAAAUUCCAGCACCAUCACCAGUUGCUCCAGUUUCGCCUUUGCCUGUACCAGUGCCUUCACCGUUAUAUUCAACCAUGCAGCCCCCACCUGGUCCUUCAUCACAGCAAAUUGGUGUGCUGGUUGCAAGGCCUCCUCUGCUGCCUGGCUCAUUAGUCCAGAGUCCCUAUGGACCUGUGGUACUGUCACCUGCCAUGGUACCUAUUUCUGGCUGGGGUCCUUAUCAAGCUUCUGGAACAGGUGCUGUACUUCCUUCCGGUACUCCUAAUGUUGGUUCAGCACAGCUUUAUGGGAUGACACAACUGCCUUCAUCAGCAGCUGCCUAUCCUGGACCUUAUCAACUACCUGGUUCCUUAGUUGGUCCUUCAAGCAGUAAUCAGAAGGAGCAGGCAUUUCCAGAAAGGUCUAAUCAACCAGAUUAUCAGUAUUAUCCGAAAACAGGGGAGGUUAAAGUUGGUCCAUCCUAUAGGUAUCACCCUCCACCAGAAAUGACUGCACCAAAAGCAAAUGUGACUCUUAGUCCUGGUGGUCUUCCUUUGCGCCCGGGGGCAUCACCUUGUACACAUUAUGCACAACAUGGAGUAUGUAAGUUUGGUUCUGCAUGCAAAUUCGAUCAUUCUAUGGGAUCACUGAGUUAUAGUCCAUCUGCUUCUUCCCUGGCUGACAUGCCUGUUGCACCCUAUCCUGUGGGUUCAACAAUUGGUACUCUUGCUCCAUCGUCAUCGUCAUCAGAGUUGCGGCUGGAACUUUCCUCUGGAUCCAACAAAGAGUCUGUUCCAUCCAGAAUGUCUUCAUCGUCCGGAAUGUUGACAGGGUCAAUAGGCUUGACUUUGUCAACUGGUGAACCCAUUUCUCAAUCAAAUAGUCAGCCAUCUGCUCCAAGUCUGGAUCCAUUAGCCACUGCCACUAGUACCACCACUAGCAAUGUCUCUCACACCUCAAGCUAAGCAAUGUGAAUGCAUACCUCAUCAUUACUCCUCUUUUCCAUCCCAAUUCUUCCACUGGACAUAAUUAUUCAAGGAGGUCCUCCAACAGGUUUUGUUUUCAGUUGUCCCAGUUCCACUUUCAAGUCUAGCACACUUCACACCAAUUAUCUGUGUUUAUAUAAUCUUUAUGUGGCCAUUCCUUUUAUCUUGAAUAAAUCAUGGCCAUCCUUGAGAAUUUUAGCAAUCCAUACGACCCCCUUGCUUUUGAAUAACUCUCAAAGAAUCUGCAAGCCCGUUGUGCACAUGCCCUGUCACAUCUCCAAAUUUUGGAGCUUGUAAUGUUUAUCUGUGCUCCAUUCUUUUUUGUACCAGAACAUUCUGUCUACCACGUCUUUAUGUCUCUUCACCUGAACCCUUUCCUAAUUUGGGACAAUUUUCCACUUCUGUUUUGUAAGUACUGUUUAAUACGUUUCCCAACAACUUGUAUUUAGGGUUAAUCGUGAAGAGCAGGAAGCAGGAGAACUACAAUGGGGCUUCACAUUGCUAUCUUAUAUGGUUUUAGAUACACGAUGAUGUUGUGAAAUGAAAAGCUUGACUUGUUACUUAAAUUUAUUACAGAAUACAUAUAUGAAGAAGCAAAUCUAAAUUAGCAC